GUCCGCGUGUUGGCGGGAGGGGCUCGCCUCGGCUCUGAGCGCCGUGCUGCCCCUCGGGGAGUCGGCUGCGGCCUUCGCAGAGCAGCGGCCCAGGUGCCGGCGGUUCCUGACGUGCAAUCUCUGCCCCCCCUCAUCUCUGCAUCCCCCGGGGGCUGUUCGUGUGGGACCUGGGAGUUAUCUGUGGGGCUGGAGCCAGAGUGGGUGACUUGUCCCUUCUCCCCUCCGGGGUGCCAUGGGGAGCUGGCAGUCUGCUUCCGUCCCUGCGCUGAUACCGAAAAGUCGGCAAAAAAGACUCCUUAACGCUGUUUUGAAAGUGGUUAUUGCAGCGUGCCGGACGCUCGGAGGAUGUUCCUCUAAUCGAGCAUAGAAAUGGCAGAAGAAAGCAUGUUUCGGAAUCUCCUGGAAAUCCUGAUGAGCACUUCAAGUGAAAUUGAGCAGGUCUACAAGGACUCCUGUGGAUCGGUAGAUCUACACACCUGCCUGUUGCUCGUAGCAGAGUGUUUCAGAUGUCUGAGGAAUGCCUGUGUUGAGUGUGCCAAGAAUCAAAAUGUCAUGAGGAACUUGGGUCUCAUCUCAACUUCUGUCCAUUUGAUCAAAUUGCUUCAUGGAAUACAAAUCAAAGAGGAGUUGUUAUUGACUGCUCUUCGUUGUAGCCUCCAGUUUCUUGGAAACGUUGCUGCAGGAAACGGAGAUUCCCAGAAUAGCAUUUGGAAGUGUGCUUUCCCAGAUCUCUUCUUGACGUGCCUGACAUACGAUGAUCAGAAAAUUGUUACCUAUUGUUGUAUGGUCCUGUUCAACUGCCUUAAUUCAGAGAAAGUGAGAGAACUCCUGGAUCUGGGGAACUUGACUGUGACUCUCCAUGUCCUGAAAGUCUACAAAGAGCAGUUGGAGACUGAGUGGUCGUUCUUGAUUGUAACAGACCAUUUGCUGAAAUGUCCAGAGUUGGUAGAAGCCCUCUAUGCCAAACUGAGCAAUCAAGAAAGAGUUACUUUGUUAGAGUUGAUGAUGGCCAAAGUAAGUGAGAAGAAUCCAGUUACCAGUGAAGAAAUGAAUGUGUUCAUGAGACAUGCCAACUUCCUUGCAGGCUGUUUCCAAGAGAAAUGUGAAGCUGUGCUCAAGUUAACUUCAGCAGCAGAUGCAGAAGACGAGGAAGCACUGGUUACCAUUCGUCUUCUCGAUGUUCUUUGUGAAAUGACAUCAAACAACAGACAGCUGGAACAUCUACAGGCUUUGCCUGGUUUGCUGGAAACAGCCAUAGAUACCUUGAGAUUAACUCAUCUCGCUGGGAAACAGGCUGUAAAUAUUUUCACUGCCACACAUGUUAUGACAGGGCUGGAAGAAAUUUCACAUCCCGCUGUGGGUUUUAAAUCUCAUCUCAUUCGUUUGAUUGGAAAUUUGUGUUACAAAAAUAAGGAAAACCAAGACAAGGUUUAUGAGUUAGAUGGCAUCCCCUUGAUCCUGGACAACUGCAGCAUUGAUGACAACAAUCCUUUUGUGAACCAGUGGGCAGUAUAUGCUAUCCGAAAUCUCACUGAACAGAAUGAGAGAAACCAAGAGCUUAUUGCGCAGAUGGAGGAGAAGGGGCUGGCAGACAAUUCUGCCCUUGAGAGUAUGGGUUUAGAGAUAGAGAAACGAGAUGACAAGUUAAUUCUGAGAUCUGUCAGGAAAAAGCCCUCGUGAACAAAAACUGAAGAAGAGUCAAACCAUUAAAAGAGGAUUUCUCUUUUAAAAUAGUUUUCCUUGCUCGGGCAAUCAAGAUUUCUUCAGUUUUAGUUCCAGUCUGCUGGAAGUGUUAUGUUCAUUCUCAGAAAAACCACCAAAUGAUACCUUCUGCCUCACUAUUGUAAACAAAAGAACACCCACACAUUUUCUAAAUACCUAGGUAAAUUAACCUAUGGAAGAAGAUCCUUCUUUUUAGAUGGUUGAAAUUUCACUGCUUUCUUGUUUCUUUAGUAGAAAGAUGUCAUGUGUACAGUAUUGAGUUGUUAUAAUUUCCAUUGCUGAACCUGGAGAUAACUAUCAUUAAAAACUCAGCAAAGAAAUAACUGCUUUGCAGUCUGCCUUCUCUGUUUAAAAGAUCUAUGCUGAGUCAGGGCUCAACAAUGAAAGUGACUCAUUUUCAGUCAUGGUGCUUAAAUAUCUCCACUUAUAUAAGGAUCAGUGGAACAGUUGAUGUACAUAAAUAUUUAAUGAAUUAAACACAACGUGCCUUCUGUGUGUUUAAAUUAUUAGUAAAUUGUCUUUUCUACCUUGUUACCUUUCAGUCCUCAUGACAAGUAUAUUAAAAACAAAGCUGAGGCUGUUGUGGCAACAGAUGCUACAUUCCUUUGCACUGGGGCAUGUCUCUGUUUUGGAGACUUCGGUGUUUGUUUGAAUUUUAUUUGUUCCUUUGGAUGGUAAGUCAGCCCACUUUCCUUUUAUUUUGCACUUCUCAUGGGUUUUCUGAACUCUGGCAGACUGCUGAAGAGGUAGUUUCUCACUGUGAUUAAUUCUAGCAGUUUCUUUUCACCCCUCUGCCUUUCCAAAACAUUGACAAAACUCAUUUCCAGUUAAUUAAUUCAAGAGAGGCAGAAGAAUGGAAGGCCCUGCCUCUUCAUUUUGGGUACCCUCCUAUAUUGUUGUUGGACCCUGCCACUCUGGAAUGUGGCAUGAAUGAGAUGGAGGGAGAAGGGGGGUGAAGAAAGGGCGGGGGGGCACGGUUAACUCUGUGUGUGCCAUAGCUUUGCCCUGGUAGCUAAGAACUGCAAUAUCCAUAAGCAAACCAGGAGUUACAGCUUAACAUUCCUAACACUUGUGAAUCAUUGCUGUUGUUUGUUUAUCUUCAGUUGUGUGUAACAGGAAGGUCCCAGCAAAGUUAAAUUGUUCAUGUUGUUGUCAUCAGUUAAUCCCAUUCUUAAAUGGAAAGGUAAGUUUAUGUCCUAAAACUACAUAUACAUGUAACAGAUAUUCAGCCAUGUGCAUCAGCUUUUGCUCCUCCAAUUUGUUUUUUUAUUUAAAAAUGAAAAAAAGCCCCAUGUGGUACUUUGAACUAAGAAAUAUAGAGUAAUAUUUAAAACUAGUGGUGAGUAUAGCCAAACUACUAAGAUCUUUCCAAAUUAACCGUAAGAUUUCAGUGUCUACCAUGCUGACCAGGUGGGAAUAUGGAAUUGACCGAGUGGGAUUUUAGUCACCUGUUGUUUUAAAAGGCAAUGAUAUAAAACCGCUCUCUUUAGUCAUUUAAGUAAAGGAUGUAUAUAAAGGGAUAAUGGCAAUGGGAACAAAGACUGUAACUUUUGGUGCUUUUAGUGACUUCUUACCUUAAAAACAAAUGUGGGAGAAAAGUGUCCUUUGCUUUAGUAAAGAAUAAACAUGAAUGUAAGUGAA